AUGAAUCUCAUCUUGAAGAACAUUCCAGGGGCAAAUAAAGUGAUCGUAUUCGACCACAACAUUCGGCGACAGGACUUGGAUGCCUACAGACGGCCGCUUUACAGAGCGCAUGUGGAUCAGUCUGCAAAAGCCGCAGCUGAAUGUGUUUUGCUGCAUGUCUCUGACGAAGAACAAGACAAGUCAAUUAUUGAUGGCGGUCAUCGGUACCGCAUAAUCAAUGUUUGGAGACCAAUCAAUGGGACCGUCGAUUCCAAUCCGCUGGCAUUAGUGGAUGUUUCCAUCGGUUACGAGAAUGAUUUCGUGUCUGUCGAAUUCCGCAGCCCAGAUCGCACGGGGGAUAUCAUGUUGAUCCAGCCCAACCAAAAGCAGAAGUGGAUGUAUUUCUCCGUUGUGCAAGAGUUUGAGAGACCGUUUCCGCAAUGCUUUGGUAGCAAGAGCCAGGAGAAGGACAACAGAGCUGAAGUUGCAACAAGACUGCCUCAUACAGCAUUUUGGGAUCCAAGGACACUGAAGGGGGCGAAAAAGAGGGAAAGUAUCGAGGUUCGAGCGCUUGUUUUUAGAUGA